AUGCCAGCAUAUCACAGCAACUUCAACGACGAUAAACAAUCAAAACUCAUCGGAAACGUGUCAAUACUCCCAUUCAGUUCAAAACACAGGGGAAUUGCACCCACACCACCAAAUGACCCGGAGUAUAUCGAUAUCAUAUCAGAAUCUAUAAUUCUAUUCAGAGCCAAUAGUUUAUUCAGGAACUUUGAAAUCAAAGGUGGCGGUGAUAGAAUGUUGAUUUACUUGAUUCUAUUCAUAUCGGAUUGUAUCGCCAAGUUGAGCAGAGGACAGGUAAAUAGUGGUGACGCAAUGAAGCAACUACACACGCUCGCUGUAGAUAGCUUCUCGCUCCCCGGUGAAGCUGGUUUCCCUUUAAACAGCUUAUACGCGCCACCACAAUCUAAAAUGGAUGCAGACACCCUCCGCAGCUACCUCACUCAAGCUCGCGUUGAAACUGUGAACCGACUUAUACCCAUCUUAUACGCCCAAUCAAAUACAAGUCCAGACAAAUAUUGGAUGUCCUUUAACAAACGCAAGUUUAUGGGUAAAUCCCUCUCCUUGUAA